AUGAGCCUGGACUCAGUCCUCGCUUUCUCACCAUCCGCGGAUAUGAGCUGCUCCGAGCGUCUGGACGAGUCGUCUGGAUCGCCCUCAAGCUUCCUGUCGGUUACCACCGCCGGCACGUCGAAGCCCCAGCUCUCGGACGAAGGCGCCUCGCAGCUGUGCGAGUCACCUCUGGAACCGGACGUGUGCAGCAGCGAAGACGGCUGCUGCUGCGAGCUGACAGCCGAGCCGCCGAGCUGCACCUGCUUUGGGACGCGGCUCUAUGCCUUCUCAGAAGACAGCCUGGUUCGCAGCAUGGCUGCCAUGUACGGCUUCUCUCCGCAGUGCACCUCCGUGGGGACCUCCUAUUUUGCGCGCCUGGCCGCCCGGGAUGAGAGGCUUAUGGCGACGGCCAUGGCGCACCCGGACUUUGCGCCUCUGGUGGAGGGAGUCUGCGUCGACCCGGAGCCGACGGCGGUGCCUCUGGCGCAGCAGCUGCGGUCGCUGACCAACCCCAAGCAGUGGCUCAUGGCACUGCACCUCUGCUGCAACUACCUCGCCGCCAAAAACAUCGACAAGGUGAAGUACCGCAAUCUGCUGACGCUCAUUCUGAGCCACGCGCACGGCCACGAGCUGCCGUCAAGGGUGGCCGCGUCGCUGGAGAUCGAGCUGCUAGAAGCCCUGCGCUGGCGCCUCGGCCCCUUCUUCCACACCGUGCCCCGCUGCGCCGGGGGGCCUCCCCCUUCCUCGGCCGCGGCGGCAGAUCUGCCGGUGGAAUCCAGCGCCGCCGGGCUCCGACGGCGUCCCUGCGCCCGGUGGCAUUUUUUGGCUGCGCAUGCUGCCGGCGAUUUAUGUAAGCGCGCCGUAAUGCUCGGCGCCGUAAUCUCUUCUGCGCGGCGGCUACGGAAACCGGCGCGCGGCGCCCGGCCGGCCGCAGCAGCUGAGCUGGGUGCUGACGCGCCGGAGGAUCCAGUCAGCUCGCGCAGCAAUUUUUAA